AUGUUAGAUAUCACACAAUUUAUUGAAGAGAAAGGUGGUAACCCAGAUUUGAUCAGAAAGUCGCAGGUUGCCCGUGGUGCUAGUGUGGAGAUUGUUGACGAAAUCAUUGCUGAUUACAAGGAAUGGGUGAAGACUAGAUUCCAAGUUGAUGAAUUGAACAAGCAACAGAACAAGGUCCAGAAGGAAAUUGGUUUGAAGUUCAAGAACAAGGAAGAUGCUUCUGAGUUGUUGGCCGAAAAGGACAGAAUUGUAGCUGAGAAGAAGGUUCUUGCUGAAAAGGAACAAGAACAAGACAAGCAGUUGAGAUUUAAGGUGAACCAAGUUGGUAACAUUGUGCAUCCAUCUGUUGUUGUGUCUAACGACGAAGAGAACAACGAAUUGGUUCGUACCUGGAUGCCAGAAAACGUCAAGGAAGUUGGCCAAGUUGCUACCUGUACUGGUGCUGAAGCUAAGUUGUCUCACCACGAAAUCUUGUUGAGACUAGACGGUUACGACCCAGAGCGUGGUGUCAAGAUUACCGGUCACAGAGGUUACUUCUUCAGAAACUACGGUGUGUUUUUGAACCAAGCUUUGAUCAACUACGGUUUGUCUUUCUUGGCUUCCAAGGGCUACACUCCAUUGCAAGCCCCAGUCAUGAUGAACAAGGAUGUCAUGGCCAAGACUGCUCAAUUGUCGGAAUUUGACGAAGAAUUGUACAAGGUUUUGGACGGUGACGAUGAGAAAUACUUGAUUGCCACUUCUGAACAACCAAUCUCUGCAUACCACUCUGGUGAAUGGUUCGAAAAGCCACAAGAACAAUUGCCAGUUCGUUACGUCGGUUACUCUUCUUGUUUCCGUAGAGAAGCUGGUUCUCACGGUAAGGACGCUUGGGGUGUCUUUAGAGUGCAUGCUUUCGAAAAGAUCGAACAAUUCGUCUUGGCUGAACCUGAUAAGUCCUGGGAAGAAUUCGACAGAAUGAUCAGCUUGUCUGAAGAAUUCUACCAAUCUUUGGGUCUACCUUACCGUGUUGUCGGUAUCGUUUCCGGUGAAUUAAAUAACGCCGCUGCCAAGAAGUACGAUCUAGAAGCUUGGUUCCCAUACCAAAAGGAAUACAAGGAAUUGGUUUCCUGUUCCAACUGUACCGACUACCAAUCUAGAAACUUGGAAAUCAGAUGCGGUAUCAAGAAGAUGGGUGACAGAGAGAAGAAGUACGUCCACUGCUUGAACUCUACCCUAUGUGCCACUCAAAGAGCUUUGUGCUGUGUUCUAGAAAACUACCAAACAGAAGACGGUCUAAAGGUCCCAGAAGUCUUGAGAAAGUACAUUCCAGGCGAACCAGAAUUCUUGCCUUACGUUAAAGAAUUGCCAAAGAACUCUACUUCUAACAAGAAGAAGAACUAA